AUGCGAUCGUCGUGGUGGCAGGUUCUGCCCUUCCUGGCUGUGUCGGAAGAUCCCUCAGAGAUCGUCCAGCUGCCUUGGAGUCCGGAGCCUCCAAGGUAUCGGGUUCCGGUGGCGAGCAACAUGACACCGGAGACGCUGUCCCUCUACAAAGCCGGUAUGGCCGUCGACGUCGACGUUGGCGACACGUUUCUGCAGCGGCUGUCCAUGCCUGCGAAAGGUGAUACCAAGUGGACCAUCGUAGAGAUCUACGACUACACCUGUCCACAUUGCUGGUAUGCUGUCCCUAUCUACAUGCACGUCGCGGAAGCGUACGCAGACAAUCCGCGCAUCCAGUUCACUUCCAUCAAUUGCCAUUUGAGCUACAACAUGGAGGUUUGCUUCCUGCUCGAAAACAUUGGGCGAGUCAAGGAUUUUCCAACCUUCUUGGCCUGCCCACCUCAUGAAACGGUGGAUGCAGACGUCCAGCUGAGGCAUAGUCAUCCAGCGCAGGUCAUGGCAAAGCGACUGCCGCCCAACCAUCCGACUCGGCUGGCGUUGCUGAAGAUGGCCCAUUGCCGCCACAAGUUCGUGGAGGAGGACGCAAAGUCUGGACUGGAGGACCCUUACCUCUCAGCGACACAGCUUGCCGACUGGGUCCAUGCAACGACGGGCGAGAAGGCGCUGCUGCCAGCGGACCUGAACAUUGGAGCCAACUUCCACCGGAAAAUGCCGGUGUCAGCAAUUGCACCCCCGGGGCGCCCUGGGUGGCUUAGGGACGACGAGGAAGGGCGACCCGGCGUUUCGCGCUACUUUCCAGGUGAGCGGUGGUACGACGCCUUGAUGGGCUUCGUAGCUUUCGUUUACCAGGGUUACCAGCCCACCAAGCUGCAGCCGACGCUCGAAGUGACGCGCUACCUUUCCAUGGCGUUUCCGGUGAAGGGCAAGGAACUCGCCAAGCUGGCUGACUCGUUGGAACGCCGGGGCAGCGACAUUUUGCCGUCGGAAGCGCGCCAAGUCAUCGCCAACUGGUCCAUCGACGUGGGCCUUGGAGACCCCGAAUACGAAGCCGGGGAUGAUGUUGCAAAGCAGGAGCACAUCAACGGCCUCGUGAAGCGAACGUCUCGAAGCAGCAGCGACCACAGAGGCGGCCGAAAAGGCACGCUUCAGUCACUGACCUGCCCGCAGAGCAGCACCUGCAACCUGUGGAACCUGCUCCACGUGACCUUGGCAGCAGUGGCUGCCCGUGGCUUCUCCGGGCGCACGCUUCUGGGCGACGGUAGCAUCCUGUCCCACGGCAGCGAGGGUGGCAUGGCCCUGAGGUACCAGGAUCCGGAGAUCGGUGUCCGCGAGGCCCAGGCCUUCGUGAGAACUUUUGUCGACAACUUCCUGAAUUGCAAGCAGUGUCGCGAGCGCUUCAUCUGGGAUUACGACCAGUGUAACUAUGGCCGCUGCGACUACAAGGACUGGCAAUCAUUGCCGCUUUGGUUGUGGCGGGUGCACAACGCCGUCAGCUUGCAUGUAGCUUCCCACCGCGGCUCGCCAGUGGAUCGCCGGUGGCCCGAGUACCAGGACUGCCCCCGCUGCUGGCGAGAAGACCUCGUCCUGGGCAAGCCAGUGAGGCUCCUGUCCGAGCACCCGGGCGUGGAUGCCUACGACCUCCAAGCCCGCUCCGAAAGCCGAUGGUCCUCCCAGGAGCUCGACAUGCCCUUCAAUCUUAAGGCUGUGUACUGGCAUUUGGUGAGCACCUUCGUUGGUGUGAAGCGUAUUGUCUUCUCCAUUGAAGACUUCGCAGGUCAUGAGCGCGGCGAGGUCCAGCACGUGCUCACGAAGGAGGGGGUGCACACGGGCGCCAGCCCAGCACCUCGUCCUCCUGCGCACGAUGGCCAGGUGGUCCAGCCAGCACCAGGAAGUCCACCCUUUAAUGGAGGAACCGUUCCGUUGCAGCCCUUCCAGCCGAGUGAAAGUUCGCACUCGGCGCAAUCCAUCUUCCUCGCUCUCCUGGCCAUGGCCUGUGGUGUGGCGAUAGUCAUCUGCUACUUCGGUCAAGAUACCAUGGACGGGCCGCUGGAUGUCGAAGACUUGGAAGACAGGGACUUUGGUCGAGAAGCCCGGGCUCCGAUGUUCCGCGCCGGGGCGAACUCACAGUCCCAGGCCCGCGAUGCCGAAGUCGAGCUGGUGAAGGACAACUCGGCAGCGAUCGGAGACGAGCAAGCUGCAGACGCCGCAGAGUGA